GUGUACGAGGCAGUCCCAUGCUACACCGAGUGCAAUCAGUAUUCUUGGGUAGUAGAACCAUGGUCUCCGUGCAAAAUCAACAGCGAACAAAAUUCCCUCCACUGUGGAGAAGGAAUACAAACGAGGAAAGUCAGGUGUGUGAGUACUGCUGAGGACAAUGGAGGGGAGACUGUGUCCAAUGCACUGUGUAAUCAGGCUGAAAUCCCAGACAGAACGCAGAAGUGUAGCUUGUACUGCCCCCGCGAGUGUGCAGUGUCGGACUGGGGACAGUGGAGCGAAUGUCCACAGGUGUGUGAUCCGAAUAUUAUGCAAACCCGGACUCGACAAGUGCUAAGGUCUUCUGUCAAUACAAAGCCCUGCCCCGAAGAGUCACAAAUGAAGCCAUGUGUUCUUAACCAAAACUGCUUCCAAUAUGAGUACAAUCUAACAGGCUGGAGUGGGUGCCAGCUGGAUGCCAAUGCCACCUGCGGGCACGGAGAACGGCGACGUCUCCUGAGCUGCUGGCGCAGUGAUGGGGCAGCCGUCAGCAUGCAGCUCUGCCAGCGGCUUCGCCUGGAGAAGCCCGUGCAGACGAGCAGUCGGUGCAUGGUGGGCUGCACGGUGGACUGCCGGCUCUCGGCGUGGUCGGCCUGGUCACAGUGCUCGCACACGUGUGGUGCUGGCGGCCAGAUGGUGCGUGGGCGCUCGGUGGUCCUGCGGGCAGCGGGCGAUGGCAGACCCUGCCCGGAGCAGCUCACCCAGCACAGGAGCUGCCCGGUGAAGCCUUGCUACAGCUGGCUGCUGGGCCCAUGGUCUCCCUGCAAAAUCCAGGGUGGGCAGUGUGGCGAUGGAUUGCAAGUCCGCAACCUCACGUGCGUAGUGCACGAUGCGUCUGUUUCUGCUACAUCCAAACCAGUAGAAAAUGCGUUAUGUGGUGAGCUGCCAUUGAAAGAGAGCGUGCUGCAGUUACCGUGCUCUGUGCCUUGCCCAGGUGACUGCCACCUGACAGAGUGGUCAGAGUGGAGCUCCUGUGAGCUUACCUGCAUCAAUGGCAGGAGCUUCGAGACAACAGGUCGCCAGUCCCGAUCCAGGGCAUUUAUCGUUCAGUCUGCUGAGAAUCAGGAGAGCUGCUCUGGACAAGCGAUGGAAACGCGGCCUUGCUCAGGAGGGAAGUGUUACGACUACCUGUGGAAAACCAGCCUUUGGCGAGACAACGUACGCACGGUGUGGUGUCAGCGCUCAGAUGGAAUAAAUGUCACAGGAGGGUGUGCUCUUCGGACGAAACCUGCUGAAGUUCGGCACUGCAGCCCGGCGUGCAGAAAACCAUUCUCCUACUGCACACAGAGAGGAGUCUGCGGUUGUGAGCGAGGAUAUACAGAAAUAAUGAGAUCAAAUGGUUUCCUGGAUUACUGCAUGAAGAUACCAGGUUUAGAAGAUAAGAAAGCUGAUGUUAAGACCAUUGCUGGAAAAAAUAAACCUGUCAACUCAAAAAUGCAUGACAUUUUCAAAGGAUGGUCUAUUCAACCUUUUAAUCCAGAUGGUAAACUGAAGAUGUGGGUAUAUGGAGUAUCAGCUGGCGGGUUCCUGCUCAUAGUUUUCCUGAUUUUUACAUCCUACCUGAUGUGCAAGAAAACAAAGCAGCAUCAAAGCACUCCUCCACAGCAGAAGCCUCUAACCUUAGCCUAUGACGGAGACGUUGACAUGUAA